AUGUCAAUAACACUAUUAAACGAUAACUAAAUCAAUCAAUCACUUAAUUCAGAGAAUCUCUUGAAAAUUAAUCAAGAAGACACGAAUCAACUAAAGGAUAAUAUCUAAUGUGUCAGUAAUGAGACCAAAAAUAAAACCUCACAUUUGGGCAAGAGAUAGAGACAAAGCACUGAGGCAUUAUCCACUAAUUCAGAUCUCUCAUCAAAACCCAAAAGAGCCAGAAGAGCAGCUAAUCAAAAACGCUGCAAUCUAAAAAAUGAAAUUUCCAUUAGUGAUGAAGAAGAUGGAGCUGAUAUGUCAAAGCGUGCUUCUUCUAAAUCAUUCAAUGAUGACUCAAGUGAUGCUGACAGUCGUGAGAGAAGACUCGUUCAGAACCGUAAGAGUGCUAUGAAGUGUAGACUCAAGAAAAAAUAUGAGUUUGAUGAGAUGAAAGUCAAGCUAGAUGACCUCAAGCAUUAGAAUAUUGAGCUCAAUAUACAGUUCAAGAAUACCUGUAUUUUAUAUGAGGACAAAAUCAAAGAAAACGAGUCACUCAAGGAGAAGCUAGACUCUAUUCAGGGAUAACAAACUAUGAUGCUAGCAUAUGUACUCAGUCUUCAAUAAAAUAAGAAUCAGGGAUCUCCAUCUUAAUAGAUAACUAAUAAUGAGGAGAAUGAUAAACCAAGUAUUAACAAACUUUAAUAAAACCUAUCAAAUACCCAAAUAGAGGGUCUACAUAACUUAAAUCCUUCAAUUUAAAACUAAGUCAGCCAAAAGAAUCUCGGCUAAAGUCAAACUUUAAACAAUAAUAUUGCUCUACCCAUACUUAUGACGUAGUAGGCUGAUAUUAAGAGGACCAAUAAUAUGGUCCAAGUUCCAGAUUACUAAAACUUAAACUUAAACUCUCUCAUUUAUGAUAAACUAAGGGGGAGUCAAAUGAUCUAGGAUCCCUCCUCACUAAUGAACCUAGGACUUCAUCAUUAAUUGAUAGGUCAUAACUAACUAAACCAAGGCUAUGCCAACAAUUAGAUUUCUUACCCUACCCAUAAUAUAUAUUAACAGCCAUAAGCACAAUAACCAAUUGCUUUCAAACUAGAAAAUAUUUAGAGUUAAUUAGGAAAGUAAGAUGUGAAGAUAAUGAAGCCUGUGCCUAGCAAAUCUUCACCAGUGCCACAGCAUUACUAAUUCCUAUCAGGAUAGCAAUUUACCAUAUCACAUAUGAACGGGGACCUCCAACAAUAAUAAAACCUACUUUUAUUAGAAAAGUUAAAACAACAAAUGUAUCAAUGA